UUCUUCCCAUCCCGCAAAUAGAAAGAACGGCUCUAUCGCUUCUUCCUUCUGAAGUCCCGCCUUUUCGCUGCCCCCAACGGAGAGGAAUCGGUUACGAAAAAGGAGCCGGCAGCAGCGGCGACGUGGAGUUCAGAGGAGCGGAAGUAGUCAGAUUUCACCCAGGGCCGUAAAGUGCGGGUGGCUGUCUCACCUUCCGGAUAACGACAACAUCUCUGACUGUCAGUGCCGGCCUUCCUCGUGUAAGGGGACCUGCCUGACCCCUCUUAAUUCACUUUCUUUCCCAUUCUAGGCCCAUCCCCAUCGUCGCCCCCUUCACCUUGGAUCAUGUUCAAGAAAUUUGAUGAAAAAGAAAAUGUGUCUAACUGCAUCCAGUUGAAAACCUCGGUUAUUAAAGGUAUUAAAAAUCAGUUGAUAGAGCAAUUUCCAGGUAUAGAACCAUGGCUUAAUCAGAUCAUGCCUAAGAAAGAUCCUGUCAAAAUUGUCCGAUGCCAUGAACAUAUAGAAAUCCUUACAGUAAAUGGAGAAUUACUAUUUUUUAGACAAAGAGAAGGCCCUUUUUAUCCAACUCUAAGAUUACUUCACAAAUAUCCUUUUAUCUUGCCACACCAGCAGGUUGAUAAAGGAGCCAUCAAAUUUGUCCUAAGUGGAGCAAAUAUCAUGUGUCCAGGCUUAACUUCUCCUGGGGCUAAGCUUUACCCUGCUGCAGCAGAUACUAUUGUUGCAAUCAUGGCAGAAGGAAAACGGCAUGCUUUAUGUGUUGGAGUCAUGAAGAUGUCUGCAGAAGAUAUUGAGAAAGUCAACAAAGGAAUUGGCAUUGAAAAUAUCCAUUAUUUAAAUGAUGGGCUGUGGCAUAUGAAGACAUAUAAAUGAGCCUCAGAAGGAAUGUGCUUGGGCUAACUAUGGAUAUUGUGCUGUAUCUGUGUUUGUGUCUGUGUGUGACAGCAUGAAGACAAUGCCUCUGUGGUUAUGCCGAAUAAAUUCUGCAGAUGCUAAAA